CCUGAUUAUACAAGGAAGGGGAAAAUAACACUCGCGUAUAUAGCUCCUUCGUACGAGGGAAUGCGAGAGAGAUAGGAGAGAGAGGGAGACCUAGCGCUGGGCGGCGCGACCACGAAGAUGCAUAAGCUGGGGAGAUCACAGCGGGACAAAGUCCAUCAGUUCAUGUCAAUCGCGGGAGCAACUGAGAAGGCCUCCUUGACAGCACUGAAGGCGAGCGAUUGGAACUUGGAAGGGGCUUUCGAGUACUUCUAUACGAACCAGCCAGUGUCCAAGCCAAUGGCGGAUCCUCGGCACUUAGAGGAGCUUUACAUGCGUUACAAAGAUCGUUUCUCGGAUAUGAUCUUGGUCGAUGGCAUCUCGGCUUUCUGUGACGAUCUCAAAGUCGACCCUGGAGAUGUUGUGAUGCUCGUCAUCUCGUGGCAUAUGGGAGCGGCCACAAUGUGUGAGUUUUCGAGGCAAGAGUUCAUCACUGGCUUUCAAUCUCUUGGGGUGGACUCCAUCGAUAAGCUAAAGUCACUUCUUCCGUCCCUUCGGGCAGAGCUUAAAGAAGAACACAAGUUUCGAGAGAUUUAUAACUUUGCAUUCAACUGGGCCAAGGAAAAGGGUCAAAAAUCGCUUGCAUUAGAUACGGCGUUGGGUAUGUGGCGCCUACUGUUUAACGAGCAUCCUUGGCCGCUGGUAGAGCCUUGGUGCCAGUUUUUACAAGCUAAGCACAACAAGGCCAUAUCGAAAGAUACGUGGUCGCAGCUGUUCGAGUUCUCCAAAUCGAUUGAUUCAUCGCUUUCCAACUACGACUCCGAGGGAGCAUGGCCAUAUCUGAUUGACGAGUUCGUCGAGUUCCUCCAUGACCUUCCAAAGUGAAAGAAGAUUCACAAGAGUAAUAAGCGUGUGAGUAACUCUCUCGCCUGUACCAUAGCUUUCGCAUCACAUGGCCAUGUGGUUUCUGUGAGUGGUUUCUAGGGAGGCUGAAAUUUUGCUGAUUCUACAUUUGUCCGUUCAAUUUUAACAGACACUAUUGUCCUUUGCA